AUGGUGCUACUUUCCUUCAUUUCAACUGUCCCUUCUUUGCUUCCAUCACCAUCUACUUAUACCACCCUCUCGAGAUGCUCUCCUCAUUCUGGGGUAAUCAAUUGCAAGAUUGAAGCUCAUGUUAAUAGUGCGGAUGGCUUCAGUCGAAGGGAUAUUCUACAUUGCUUUGGUGCCACCAUUAGCAUGGACUUGAUUGCAAGAUCCACUUCAUUUGUUGAAGUGGCUAAUGCAGCCGAUUUGAUACAACGCAGGCAGCGUUCAGAAUUUCAAUCUGCAAUUAAGGGAACUCUUGCUGACUCAUUGAAGGGGAAUCCAGAUCUCGUCCCAUCUGUAUUAACUUUGGCACUUAAUGAUGCUAUUACUUAUGAAAAGGCAACAAAAUCUGGAGGCCCCAAUGGAUCAAUUCGCUUUAGCUCAGAGAUAAGCAGACCAGAAAAUAAGGGUCUUGCAGCAGCUUUGAAUUUGUUGGAAGAAGUAAAAAAGGAGAUUGAUUCGUACUCCAAGGGUGGACCUAUUUCAUAUGCAGAUCUUAUCCACUAUGCAGCGCAAAGUGCAAUUAAAUCUACCUUCCUGGCUUCAGCCAUUCGAAAAUGUGGUGGGAAUAAGGAAAAAGGGGCCUUAUUGUACACUGCAUAUGGUUCAUCUGGUCAGUGGGGCCUCUUUGAUAAACAAUUUGGAAGAUCCGAUGCCCAAGAGCCUGAUCCAGAAGGGAGGGUGCCUCAAUGGGAAAAAGCAAGUGUUCAGGAAAUGAAAGAUAAAUUCUCUGCUAUUGGCUUUGGCCCUCGCCAGCUAGCAGUUUUGUCUGCAUUCUUAGGCCCUGAUCAAGCUGCAACUGAGGAAGCACUUGCCUCAGACCCGGAGGUUGCUAAAUGGGUUUUGAAAUACCAACGCAGUAGGGAAACUGUGUCUCAAACUGAUUAUGAGGUUGACCUAAUUACCACUCUUACAAAAUUGAGUUCAUUGGGGCAACAAAUCAACUAUGAGGCAUAUACAUAUCCAGUCAAGAAAGUUGAUUUGGGCAAACUCAAACUGUAG